AUGAGUGUAGAGCCUAGUAUAAAUUUAGAGGCAGGGAUGGCAGGUGUAUCAGAAGGAAUUAAUCAAAGAUCAGGGGAAAGCACACCGAAUAGCUCAGGGUCAAAGAACUUCUCGAGGACGCCGACCUCAUGGGACACCCAAGAUGACAUCCUCUUGAUGCAUCUUAAAGACCAGCAAAAACUUGGAUGGAAAGAGAUUGCAAGCCAUUUUACAAACAGAACACCAAAUGCUUGUCAAUUCAGAUGGCGUAGGUUAAAAUCUGGAAACUUGAAGAACCCUCCAAAGUCUACAUCCACUUUUCCUGAGAAAUCGCCAGGUGUCGGCAACAAUGCUGGAAAAUUAGCAGAAGCUAAGGGACCAAGAAAAGGAAAUAGUGGUGAAAAGAAGUAUGACUCUUUGAAUAGCCAUACGGGAUUUGCAUCUGCUUACUCUCCAAUAAGCAAUGCUACAUUUACUGCUUAUGACAAUAAUAUAAGCAAUGCUUUAGCAGAUUUGAACGCAUUGUCCAAUACCCCUUCUAACAUAUCCAGUCCCAGACCUGGAUUUAAUGCCUCCUCAAAUAUAGGUGCACUGUCAUCAGGAGGGAAUGCGUCAAGUGGAAAUGAUCAUUCGAAAGAAAAAGACUUUGAGAGAUCCCCUAAAUCAGAACCAUCUGAUAUUAAAUCUCAUCGCAACUCGAAUAGUGGAGCAGGAUAUUAUAGCGAUAUGUCCAUUGAUCUGAGCUAUAGUCAACAUCAUCCUCAUACAACGCAGAACACAUUAACUCCGAGAAAUUCGGCAUCGCAUCAAGACAUUAAUAACCCUCCGAAUAAUCAUCAUCAUGUCGGUCAAACUCAUAACAUGCAUCAAAAUUCAAUCAUACAAAUAGUAAAAGAUGAUAGAAGCUCAAUAAGUUUCACAAGAGCAUCAAUUUCAUCGUUACCUUCAAAAUCAAUGAACAUACCACAUCAUCAACUGAACAACAAUGCCUUAGCCCAUCUUCCAAUCUUAUUUGGUAGCAACAGCGUAAGUGGGCCAUCUCGAAAUUCGAGUAUCAGUGGUCCCAUUGGCCUUUUGCCACCGUCUUCCAAUGUCUCAAGUUUGAGAAAUGGAAGUGUUGUUGGAAGUGGUGGUUAUUAUUCAAGGUCAGGAUCCGUCGUUAUACCCCAUAGUAGUGUCAAGAAAGAUGAAGAUUCUUCAAAAGCAGAGAGCAAAAGGAGUGAUGCCCCGAAACCUUCCAAGCGUAAAAAUGUGCAGCCUGUGCGAUCCGUACGAUCUAAUUCGUCUUCUAAUUCACAACCCAUGUUCAAAAUACCAUGGUCUAUGGAAGAGGACGAGCUAUUGAUUAACAGAAGGAACAGAGAAUUAUCUUUUGCUGAAUUAUCAAUUUUGCUUCCCCAAAGAACUGAAGGAGAAAUAUGGUCCCGGAUAGAUUAUCUUGAAAAGCUUAGGAAUGGUCAUAGGUCCUCCACAUCAAGAGAGAAUAGAAAAAGGAGACAAUCUUCAAUUGGUUUAGAUGUUCCUGACUUUUACGAUGAGGUAGAUGACGUUAUUGGGGGAAUUGGAGUUAGCGAAGAUGAAGAUGACGAGGUUCUAGUUGAUGUCGAUGAUUCAAUACAUGGAUCAAAAAAGGGGAGGAAAAGAAGAGCUAGCUCCGCUGUAAAUCCUCUAAGUGUAAGCGAAUCUAUUCAGAGAAGAUUAAGAUAA